UUUUUUUUGUUUUUUUUAGGAGACACCUGGAUUGGUUCAUGGGUGGGGUAAUUUUUCCCUAGUUUUACUUUAUGUCCUGAAAAUGAAUCGAGAAUUGAAAUGAGGGUUCUUUCAGUAUCCUCCAAAGAAGAAGUGAAGAUGGAAGAUGAAUUGGAUGAAGAACAAAUUGAUGAGUCAGUUUUUGAUCACAGUUCCAAUGAAGGCGAAUAACCUACAUGUCUUGUAGUCUAAUGCAGCCAUGGUUAUACAUGGUUAAAAAUAAUAUUGUGCUAUUUCU